AUGUCCGACCCGGACCUCGCCGAGACCUUCCAGCGAGAAGUGACCUGCCCCGUCUGCAAGGAGUACUUCAAGGAGCCGGUGACCUUGUCCUGCGCCCACAGCUUCUGCAGAGCUUGUCUCCCCAGGCCGGGGAAGGACGAAGAGCGCUCUUUCCGCUGCCCGGAGUGCCCGAGGGUCACGGAGCAGACGCUCUUCCAGGCCAACUGGCGACUAGCCAGGCUGGCUCACAUCGCCCGGGAUUUGCAGCCGCGGCCCCGACCCCGGGUCCAGGAGGCCAACGUGUGCGCCAAGCACCGGGAGAAGUUGGAUCACUUCUGCCGGGACGAUCACGCCGCCAUCUGCGUGGUGUGCAAGCUUUCCCGGGACCAUCGGGCCCACACCAUCUGGGACGUCGCCAAGGCCGCCCGGGUCUUUAAGGUAAGGAGUUCCUCCGCUAAACUCUCAGCUCCUCCGGGGCUCGGCAACAUCCCUCUCUCCAUCGGCGACCUGGAGGAGCUCCAGGAGGCGAAGCAGAAGCUCAGCCAAGACCUGGAGGAGGUUCAGACUCUGCUCGCCCAGGAGAAGACCAAGACGGCCCACUGGAAGGACAAGGUGGCGGCCCAGAGACGGGUCAUCGAGGCCCAGUUCGAGGCCACGCGGCGGCUCCUGGCCGAAGAGGAGCGGGCCCAGCUGCGGAAGCUGGAGGAGGAAGAGGAGAAAGGCUUGCAGAACUUGCAGAAGAACCGGGCCGAGUUAGCCCGCAACGUCGCCGGCCUGGAGCGGACCAUCGCCCACCUGGACCGGGAGACGCAGAAACCGCCCCUGGAGCUGCUGAGGGAAUCGAGAGACACGAUAAGCAGGUGUGAGGAAGCGUUGCGGCCCCCGGAAGUGGUGUCGGUGGACCUGGAGAGAGAGUGUCACGUCCCUGGCCUGCAGGAGAUGUUGAGCAAAUUCGCAGUGGACAUGACCUUGGACAGAGAUUCGGCCCACGGCGACCUGGAGGUGUCCCGGGACGGGCGGAGCGUGAAGAACGGCUGGAACGACCCCUCGGACGAAGCCCGCCCCCCCGACCCCUCGGCCGGCGUCCUGGGCUCCGCGUCCUUCUCCGCGGGCAGGCACUACUGGGAGGUGGACGUGGCCGCCAAGACGGCCUGGGAGCUGGGCCUGUGCCUGGAGUCCGCCCCGAGGGAGGGGCUGACCGCCCCCGGCCCCCAAGACGGCUUCUGGAUCCUCAAGCUGGACCGAGAGAGCGGCUACUUCGCCUGCACCAGUCCCCGGACCCACCUCCCCCUGGGGGCGGUCGUCGAUCGCCUGGCCGUCUACCUGGACGUCGAGGCCGGGGUGGUCGCCUUCUACGACGCCGAGCGCGGGACCCUCAUCUACACGUUCUCCGCCUCCUUCUCGGGCCCUCUCCGGCCCUUCUUCUGCCCUCAGCUCCCGUAUGGGGGGGAGAACGGUGUCCCCCUGACCCUCUGCCCGGCCACCCCUUUGGACUCGGAGGAUCCUUCCCUUCCGGAUAUUCUCGUGGUGGAGGCCUAAAUGACAGCGCCACGAGCUGGCCCCCCCCUGACUGGCGCCUGGUUUUGGUGUUGAGGAAGGGAGCCGGGUGAUUCUAGAUCCAACUGUCGCAUCACCGGUCCCUGAAAACCAUGGAUUUUUUAAUUUCGUAAUAAAGCUUGUUUUUAUCCUAC